CGAUUCCGCCGAUCGACGUCGAAUCGGCGUCCCGACGGUCUUGGGCGUCUGAGAGAUGGAGGUGUACCGCGACGUUGCAGACUCGAGGAGUGCCUCGUCGAUUCCGUCAGCGGCCGACGCGGGGCCGGAAGGCCGGAACGUCGCCAGGGCGGCGGAGCCACCGACGGAGUCGAAGAACCCCGAAGACCGGAGGCCUCCCAAGAUGGCCACCACCAGGGCGAUGCUGGACCACAACGGCCACCCCUCGCAGCCGGAUCAACCUGGCAGGAAGCUCUUCCAAGGCCUCGCCACCCUCAGCGUGGGACUGGUGGCGAUGCAGGCAGGGAUGAAGCUGGGCUGGACAUCGCCGACCUUGCCGUACCUGGCGUCGGAGGAGUCCUUCCUGGGCGGUCUAUCCGAGGACGAGGCGUCCUGGAUCUCCUCCCUGAUGCCACUGGGUGCAGUGGUAGGUGCAGUCCCGGCAGGCAAGGUGGCGGACAGGAUCGGCAGGAAGGCAUCCAUCGGCGCCACCGCCAUCCCGUUCCUGGCGUCCUGGACGACGUUGUUGCUUGCCAGCAACGUAGGGGCGAUCUACGCGGCGCGUUUCAUGGGAGGGCUGGGAGCAGGGGCGGCCUGCGUCCUGGUGCCGGUGUACAUCGGGGAGAUCGCCGAGCCCAGCAUCCGGGGAGCCCUGGGGGCGUGCUUCCCGCUGCUCUUCUCGACCGGCAUCGUCCUGAGCUACGCGAUCGGCGGCUACGCGAGCUACGUCACCUUCAACCUCUGCUGCGUGCUGUCGCUGGUGCCCUUCCUGGCGAGUCUGCCGCUGCUCCCGGAGUCGCCGAUGUGGCUGGUGCACCAGGGUCUGAAACCAGAGGCCAGCCGAGCCCUGGAGCUGCUCCGAGGUCUGAGCUACGACACGAAGAGGGAGAUCGCCGAGCUGCAGGCCGAGGCGGACGAGCUGGAGAACAAACGCGGGGGGAUCCGCGACCUGGCGGGGACCAGGGCGGGUCGCAGGGCCAUAAUCGCCUGUCUGGGUCUUAUGUGGUUCCAACAGAUGUCGGGGGUGGACGCGAUCCUCUUCUACACGGUGGACAUUUUCAGGAACGCGGAGAGCACCGUAGACCCGGUGCUGGCGACCGUCAUCGUGGGGCUCAUCGAGGUCGUCAUGACCCUGGUGGUGGCGGCGGUGAUCGACCGUUUCGGCCGCAAGCCGCUGCUCACGGCAUCCGGGGCCUGCAUGGCGGUUUGCCUGGGUGCCCUGGGAUACUACUUCAAGCUGCAGGCCGAUGGCGUGGACGUGCGACCUCUGGGCUGGAUGCCCCUGGUCUGCGUGUCGCUCUUCAACGUCGUCUUCUCCCUGGGAUAUGGGGCGGUGCCGUUCACCGUCAUCAGCGAGCUCUUCCCCCCGGAGACCAAGGGCAUCGCCACCAGCGCCUCCAUCAUGCUCCACUGGACCUUGGUCUUCGCGGUGACCAAGCUCUUCCCGGCGACUAUCGGCCUCCUCGGGGAAGGCAUCACAUUCUGGGGCUUCUCGGGGCUGACCGCGCUGUCGGCGCUCUUCGCCUUCUUCGUCGUUCCCGAGACCAAGGGCAAGUCGCUCAGGGAGAUCCAGAUGAAGCUGCACAGGAAGAAGGGCCGCGACAAGGCGCCGACGCUGCCCAUGGACCCGGCCUGAUGGGCGCCUGAACCCACGUGGACCCAUCCCUCCUCACCCCGGUUACGUUCAAUUUUUAUCUCCUUCCGAAGCCGAGGACGUGCACCCACGAUGACGACGCGAUCGCAAUGACGAUACCACCGCGAUGACGAUACCGAUUCGGAUCGCCCGAUAUCGACGACCGGCACCCCAUCGGGCCAUUCUCGGGUCGGGUAAUUCGAUUACCCUGAGACGCGUUGCGGCUUUGCCGGGCCUUCCAGUAGGGCUUUCCCGGCACGCGAUACAUUCCGGAUUACUCAGAUCGGGAGAGGAGGCUUCCGGAGAGCGCGUCAAUUAAGAGCGCGAUCUCGAAGCCUCCCAAUGUUGCCUCGAAUUAAUUGCCGGAUCGACCGCUCCCGUUUCUUCCUCUCAUC